GCGUCGGUCAAUCGGGCGCAUCUUCUUUUAGUCGCGUCGCGAACUCCAUUACGACGCCACCGCGAGCUCUAUUUUGAAUUUCAGUCGCGAGCUUCGCGCUCCGAAAAUAUAUUUUUGAAUUUUUUUUCCGAAAUUUACAGUUUCCCGGGUCAAGUAGAAAUAAAGAUUUAAGUGACUUAUCUUCUUUUAAAUGCACUAUAGACGCAAGUGGCAACAAAAAUGCUGAAGAUGGAUAAGCAAAACAUAAAUAUUUUGUUAAACAUUAUUUUAGCUUUAAUCGCAGGAGCGACUGCCUCUGAACAGGAAUUAAUUACAACAGGAGAACUGAGAAAACUAUGUUCAAAAAGAGGCAAUGCAAUUCCACCACCAAGAAGAGUUAACAGCACCUUAAGAUUGCGUAACUUAAGAGAAAUGAUGAUAUCAGAGGUAAAACUAGGAACGCAUCCCAUAGACGCAUACUUGGUUACCUCCAGUGAUGAACACCAGAGCAUUGCUGUAGAGGAAUAUGAUACUCGUCGAGAGUUCAUAUCUGGGUUUAGCGGAAGUUAUGGAGAUGCGAUAAUAACGUUGAGUAAAGCCGCCCUGUGGACUGACGGUAGAUACCAUCUGCAAGCUGAUGAGGAACUUGACUGUAAUUGGUUAUUAAUGCGAGAAGGACUUAAGAAUGUUUCUACAAGAACGGAAUGGCUUAGGUCCGAAUUUCCAGAUGGUGGUCGAAUAGGAGCAAAUCCAAAAUUGAUAUCGGAGUACAUGUGGAAUAAAAUGGCGAACCAGUUGGCGCCGCAUAAAAUCGAACUUGUUGCCCUAAACGUGUGUUUAAUCGACGAAAUUUGGCCUAAAAAAGAAAGGCCCAAGAAGAGAAGUAAAAAUGCGUUUGUACUAGAUAUUAAAUAUGCUGGUGUAAAUUAUACCACAAAAAUAGAAGAAGUGAGGAAACUAGUUAAAAAAGCUGGAGCUGAUGCUAUGGUAGUUACCUCAUUAGAUGAAAUAGCAUGGCUACUAAACUUGAGAGGAAGAGACAUUCCAUACCCUCCAUUUGUAAAAAGCUACUUAUUUUUUGAUAUGAAUAACGUAUUCUUUUACGCUAAUUGGAACCAACUGGAGAAAAACAACGUUACAACAUACUUUCAUGCGCAGUCAGUUUUCCGACAUAAAGACACAGUACAAAUUAAAAACUAUACAGCCAUAUGGAACGACCUUCGUACGAAAUCACAGCUAUAUGAUAAAAUUUUGGUUGCUUCGCAUUGUGUCUACAGCGAAGGCGCUAGCCACGCCAUUUAUGAGCAUAUUUUUCCUGAAAAAAGACUGCCCCUACAAUCCCCGAUCAUUCAUCUUAAAUCUAUUAAAAAUGCUGUAGAAAUUCAAGGGAUGCAGGUCGCACAUGUUAAAGAUGGAGCUGCCAUGUGCGAUUUCUUCUCGUUUGUUGAGAUGGAGAUUUCCAAGGGACGAUCGUUUACGGAAAUCGAGCUUGUAGAAAUUCUGGAUGCAGGUCGUUUCCUUCAAGUAGACAGUCUUGGCAAUAGUUUCCCUACGAUCGUUGGGUUCGCUGGAAAUGGGGCUAAGCCUCAUUACAUUCCCACCAAUAACACCGAUUCCAGAAUUUUUAAUAAUGGCACCAUCGUCAUCGAGUCUGGGGGACAAUAUUUCGAGGGUACAACGAGCGUAACGCGUACAAUCCAUUACGGUGAACCGGAUGAAAAUAUGAAGGCAGCAUAUACAAGAGUUCUCCUAGGUCAAAUAGGUUUUUCAACUUUAACAUUUCCACCUAAUAUGAAAAUAGCAGAUGCCGAUAUUCUCGUGAGAGGCCCCCUGUGGGAGGUUGGCCUGGAUUACCUGCACGAAUCGGGCCAUGGAAUUGGGUCAUUUGCUGGAGCUAAAGAAUCCCCAAUCGCUAUACAGUAUGACUUGGAAGUAUCAACAAAGCAGACUUUUAAACCAGGGUAUUUUUUCACCAUAGAACCCGGUUAUUACAAAGAAGGCUAUUUUGGAGUACGACUGCAAAAUGUCUACCAAGUAAUCAAAAAGCCUUGGCUGCAGAAGACAUCAGGUCACAAAUAUCUUGGAUUUAAGACACUCACUUUAGUACCUUAUCAACAGAAAAUGUUAGCGAUGGAACUACUGUCAACGCAUGAGAGAAAAUGGUUGAAUCGCUACAAUGAAGAAAUUCGCCAAGAAGUCGGAGCCGAACUCAAAAGACAAGGCAAAACUGACGCAUUUUAUUGGAUGAUGGAAAACACUAAAUACAUUCCAGAAAAUAGAGGCCAUACACUAUCAGCAACAAUUAUUUUAAUAUUAAGUAGUAUAACAAUAAGUAUAACAUAUUUAUAGAUAUAGACAAGUCAUGUCAUUCAAUGUAGAGUAAUAAAAUAACUAUUUAUUUUGGCAUUAGAAGGGCUAGAGGUAUUAUAUUAUCUAAUAAUGUAGAUACUUAUUUCUCAUUAUAGGAAGAAAAGUCAACUUACUCAGAACCCUAAAGUAAGUGUAUAUUAUUAUUAUUUAUUUUUUGAUAAUUUAGGGAUAGGUUCCAGGUCGUUAUUAUAGCCAUUUAUUUAACAACCUUUUAAUUUAAAAAAAGGAAUGCAGAUAGUUCUAAAAUUUAUUUUUUGUAACGCAUUUAUGUUUGUUAUUAAAUUAUUUUAUGGCAGA